CCUGCCUGGCCUUCCGAAGUCGUCCCCGAUAUAAUCCUGGCAAGAUGUUUUACUUCUUCGACUGGUUCUUCCCUGGGUUGGCUUAAUACAUGCGAGCUUUUCGUGCCACGCCUGCCGUGCGCCUUCUUUUGACGUUACUCUUGCUUUCGGUGUUUGUUUGUUCCCACCAUGGCUGCUUGGCUCCAGAUUUGCGGAAUGUCCUAUUCUUAUCGGGAGUGUUUUCUUCAAUCUUCUCCGCUCAUGUGCCAUCAUCCUUGAGGAAUUCAUCGGGGUUUUGAUUGAGCUGAAACAAUUGUGUAAAAUUGUGAUAUACCAGUUAUCCUGGCAUUCCAAUCAGUGGCACUCGGUCGUCGGAACUCAAAUCGACAUGAUUGCAAUCAGGUUUUGCGAUCAGGAGAUUAGCGCUUGAAUCUGAAGACACAGCAUGGGUACAGAAGGCGCACCAUUCGGGUCUCCAGUGUACAGAAGGUAGGCUUGUUCCUACAGCAGUUGAGGUGGUGAAUUUAUUUAUACUGCAAUCAUGCGUAUCCAAUUCGUAAUUGUCUAGAUGGUUAGGAACCCUUGCUCCCGAACAAAUUACUCGAGUCCAGGAUCCAACCACAUUGUUUGUUGGCGGAGUGAACAGCUCAACUUACAGAGAGCGUCAGCAUUUGGGUCGCUAGGAGAUGGUGAUCUGUUGGAUCGUUAGGAAAAAUCACGAAUCAGCUCCGAACGUCGAACUCAACAUGUCUUGCUCAGUCUUGCUAGUUAGUUGCUUUGUCACUUUCUUCAUAUUUUCUUUCAAUUAUGAUCAUUGUACUGUUUACCUCAACUGCUAAGUGUUACAAGCUAGUUAGUUGCUUUGUCACUUCUUCAUAUUUUCUUUCAAUUAUGAUCAUUGUACUGUUUACCUCAACUGCUAAGUGUUACAAACAAGCUUCUCAUGAAAGCUGGAGCCGCGACGAUAACUCAAUGGGAGAGCGUCAAGCCGAGGAUCCCGUGUCUGAUCAACGCUCACUGCAACGAAGAUUUCAUGUCAUACUCGUUACAACAUGCUCAGCUUUCCAAAUCUCUUUAUCAUUGUCUUCGUCCUUUGUACACCGUAAAAUAUUCUACUCUACUGCUGGGAGAGGCUGAUGAUAUACGGACGGCUCUCAGGCUUCUCAUGACAGCCGGAGUCAGUUAGCAGAGCGCUAGACUGAAUACCUGAAGAUCUGAAGGUCGCGAAUGAAAUCACAAGCGAUUUAAUCUGUACUCAAUGUGCACUUCAAAAACUAAAUAAGUCAGUCAGUCACUUUAAUAUCUAUCAAGCAACCAGGCAUCAACUCAGUGAACAAAUUCUUCCUCG